GUAUUUGGAGUACAUAGCUCAAAAUUUCUAGAGCACCGUUUUUUAGAACCGUUUAACGGAUUUGGAUGAAAAUGCAUCACGCUAAUUGUUCAGUGGUUGUCAACAGCGUGAUGCAUUUUAAUCCAAAUCCGUUCAACGGUUCUAAAAAACGGUGCUCUAGAAAUUUUGAGCAAUGUACUCCAAAUACCUUGUCCUUAAGCCAGAGUCAAUCGAAAAUUGUGUCUUGUUGAUCUUGUUGCCGGGGAAAACGUUACAAACUGCGUCCAGAAAGCAUCAAGAAGUUGUUCAAAACUGAAAACAGUGCUGUAAUGGUUCAUUACGCAACGCAAAUCAGUGCUGUAAUGAACCACUACCGCACUGCUAAUUUGGUGUGGAAAAGUAGGCAUUUUCAUGGCAGAUUUACGUGAGGUAAAACAGCCUAUUACGAUGAGAAAUUUCAAAAAAUAAAUUACCGAACAGAGGAAUAGAAAUUGAGUGCGUACGCCAGGUUUGUCCGCGCUGAUCGCAUGAAAAUUCUGCUCUUUGGAUUUACACCAUCAAGCACAUCAUGAGCAUGAGCAUGAGCAUGAGCAUAGAUGACCGCACAAUUCGUAGUUGCUACUCCGUGAUUGACCAGAGCAAUCGAAAUUGCACAAGGAACCAAUGAAUAGGGCUUGGGACUAGCUUACUAUUCUCAAUGUACACAGGUCGAGAGCUCUCAACUUUAAUAAGGUCAAUAACGGCGCCGGCCACGUCCUUACGGUCAUCGAGGAUGGAAGGGAAUGUUAGUAAGACAAACGUUGUUAUAAAGACCGCGAAUCGCUGCAUCUCCACGUUUGUCUCAGGAAGGAUUUUUUUGUUAGUAGGGUAAGGUACAUUGUCAGUCCGAGAGUCACCUAUGGUUGGUGAUAUGAUUUGACAAUGGAUCAAUAUACACAAACCGCCGUUAACAACCGACCACUUUUCGACGCAAGAACUAGCCAAAAAGAAAAUUCUAUCGCGCGUCUCCACUCCACUAGGGAGCAGAAACCUUUAGUCUAUUCCACACAGAAAUACACUGAACGCGACUCACUUUGUCGGCGCCCGGAUUUUUCUCGACCGGCGAACCCGAAGUAACAUUUUUCAUUCUUUUGUGUAAAUGCAAAAAAUGAAAGAAAAUAUUUAUUAUCAACUAAAAGUGUAUUGGAAACUAGCGCCGAAGGGAAGCGAAAAAUUCGGAACCGACUCGAACCACGGCGCGCGCACACUCGUCCCGUCGUCGGAGCCCCAGAGAGAAGAGGAAAAAAAAAUCGCAAAAAUCUAGCAAAGCGAGCGCGCGAAACUUUGCUGCUGCCGAACUACCGCACACUACUGACUGCUUGGCGUCCCGUCGUCGGAGCCCCGCAGCGAAAAUAAAAUCGCAAAAAUCUAGCAAAGCGAGCGCGCGAAACUUUGCUGCUGCCGAACUACCGCAUACUACUGACUGCUUGGCGUCCCGUCGUCGGAGCCCCACAGAGGGAAGAGGAAAAAAAAUCGCAAAAAUCUAGCAAAGCGAGCGCGCGAAACUUUGCUGCUGCCGAACUACCGCACACUACUGACUGCUUGGCGUCCCGUCGUCGGAGCUCCGCAGAGAAAAUAAAAUCGCAAAAAUCUAGCAAAGCGAGCGCGCGAAACUUUGCUGCUGCCGAACUACCGCACACUACUGACUGCUUGGCGUCCCGUCGUCGGAGCUCCGCAGAGAAAAUAAAAUCGCAAAAAUCUAGCAAAGCGAGCGCGCGAAACUUUGCUGCUGCCGAACUACCGCACACUACUGACUGCUUGGCGUCCCGUCGUCGGAGCCCCGCAGAGGGAAGAGAAAAAAAAAAUCGCAAAAAUCUAGCAAAGCGAGCGCGCGAAACUUUGCUGCUGCCGAACUACCGCACACUACUGACUGCUUGGCGUCCCGUCGUCGGAGCCCCACAGAGGGAAGAGAAAAAAAAUCGCAAAAAUCUAGCAAAGCGAGCGCGCGAAACUUUGCUGCUGCCGAACUGCCGCACACUACUGACUGCUUGGCGUCCCGUCGUCGGAGCUCCGCAGAGGGAAGAGAAAAAAAAAUCGCAAAAAUCUAGCAAAGCGAGCGCGCGAAACUUUGCUGCUGCCGAACUACCGCACACUACUGACUGCUUGGCGUCCCGUCGUCGGAGCCCCACAGAGGGAAGAGAAAAAAAAAUCGCAAAAAUCUAGCAAAGCGAGCGCGCGAAACUUUGCUGCUGCCGAACUACCGCACACUACUGACUGCUUGGCGUCCCGUCGUCGGAGCCCCACAGAGGGAAGAGGAAAAAAAAAUCGCAAAAAUCUAGCAAAGCGAGCGCGCGAAACUUUGCUGCUGCCGAACUCGAUUUACACCAUCAAGCACAUCAUAAAUUAAAAAUCUUUUCAUCUUAUCAGACAGAAGGAUGUUGAAAUAUUCUAAAUGUCAUUUCGAACUGUCAAAAAACCGCACCGCGAGCCACACGGAGCGCGCAAAGAGAUUUUCACCCGGAUGAAAACACUCUAGUGAAUUUCACUUUGAACGGCCCGUGCGGCGCUGCGGUGCGGUUUUUGACAGUUCGAAAUGACAUUUAGAAUAUUUCAACAUCUUUCUAUCUGAUAAGAUGAAAAGAUUUCUAAUUUAUGAUGUGCUUGAUGGUGUAAAUCCAAAGAGCAGAAUUUUCAUGCGCUCAGUGCGGACAAGCCUGGGUACGCUAAUUGCAACGUAGCUUUGACACUAACGUGCAUCGAAGUGCACUGACAGCACAUAUAUGGCACUUGAGUGCCAUUUAAAUGCAACAACUUAUCAAAUUUUGAAAUUAAUGGAUUUGUAACUAGAAAGCGUUGUAAAUAACGGGUUAACAACGAGCAAACGCAUAUUUAAACGUAUUUUUUCAAUCAAAGCAAUCAUAUGCAAACCGUUAGAGAUGAGUGAAUAUCAGGUAACUAUAAGGUCUCUUUACACAUGUAAAGCUUUGUUUUGUUUUUAUAGUGUUUUUGUUGCUUAAAUUAGUUGGUAUGUUGGUAUGUGGAUUCUUCUAUACACCAUAAAGAAAUCAUAUUCCACUCAAUAUUUAGUAAAUAGCAUGGUCUGUGCAUAAUGAGUUUGUAUAAUGUGCUUUGCACCAAAGAACAGGAUUAACAUAAUGGAUGACAGUCAAGCAGUGGAACCACCAACACUGGAUGAGGUUAAAAAGGCCCUUAAGGAGCUGAAAAACAGCAAGGCUGCUGGGAAGGACGAGAUCCCGGUCGAACUUCUUAAUCACGGAAGCGAGCAGCUACAUCAAUCAAUCCACCAGAUUAUUAUAAAGAUUUGGGAGGAUGAAGAAUUGGAUGGCCUCAUACUAGGCCUCAUAUGCCAAAUCUAUAAGAAAGGGCACAGACUGGAGUGUGCCAAUUACAGAGGGAUUACCCUUUUAAAUUCGGAGGUAGACCUAAAAGCUUUUGAAGUUUUUGAGCGCAAAGUGCUGCGGACAAUUCUCGGUGGGAAACAAGAAAAUGGAGUGUGGCGCAGACGCAUGAGUCACGAGUUGUACCAAGUGUACGAAGAUGCGAAUAUUGUGAAACGUAUAAAAUACGGCAGACUUCAGUGGGCUGGACACGUAGUGCGAAUGUCGGAAGAAAGAAUAGCGAAAACAAUAUUCAGCAGAGAACCCGGUAGAGGUAGGCGACUUCGUGGGCGGCCGCGAACUCGCUGGCUGCACGCGGUUGAAGAAGAUCUACGAUCCCUACACGUUCGGGGAAACUGGAGGAACAUCGCCCAAGACCGACGAAGAUGGUGCUCUACUAUACGCUCGGCGUUGGAGUAAAGUUACUUUGUAGCCAACAAGGUAUCAAGGUAGGUAUAAUGUGCUUUAGAAGAAACACUUAUUUAAAAAUUAACAGAACUUUAAAAGAUACAUACCAUAGAUGAGAGGAACAAACAUGUACUCUCUGGAGCGGAUCUGGUGUGAUGGUUAAAGCCCGUGACUGUCACGCCGAGGACCUGGGAUCGAAUCCCACUCCCGACAUACUCACAAAAUGUGAGUUCUUCCUUCGGAAGGGAAGUAAAGUGUUGGUCCCGAGAUGAACUAGCCUAAGGCUGAAAAUCUCGUUGAUACAGAUAAAAAAAUGUACUAAUUAGUACGGGCAACAAAUUAAAACCAAGAGUUUACCAUGCCUACUUCUUAACGCGCUGAUAAAACAUUGUUGCUUUAAUCCAAGCUUUUCCUGUUCUAAGAAGCGACACAAUUCCAAAAGUGACGAUAAUAAUGUUUAGUAAUGGUUAGAAAAGAUUAAUACCGAGCUCGCUAUAGAGCUACUUAGUUGAGGCAGCGCGGUACGCUGGAGGAUCGAUCAUUACCGUUAAUGUAAGUUUUGACAUUGAUUAAUAAAAAAACAUAAAAUCAAUUCAUCACUUUUUUCUAACUAAAUGUUUGUUGUCAAAAAGACUCCAUCAGUUUUGAGAACUAUCAUGACAAACCCAUUCUACUACCCAUAAUAAAUUCGAAUCAACCAAUAAAUUGGUGCACGGUUCGAAUGAUUAAAAUAUUGUCUUAAAUUGUUUAAUGCUCUAAGAUGUCAAACAAAUGUUUAAUUUCAAGAAAUCCUCUAACGUCCUCAUUUUUAUUCACAUCCUUUGCAUUUACGAAGCUCCAUGGAUCAAUAUUGGAUCCUUAACUAUAUCUGUUGAAAAUUUCUAGAAUGUUUUUUUUUUAUUUCUUAACGAAGCAAAAUAAUUAUAAUCAAAAAAUACUACACAUUUAUGCAUUUUUGUUACUUACACAGUUAAAUAACAUUUUUAACCUGUAACAAAAGGACCUCGUCGUAUCGCACACAUUUUUCCAUCAGUUUAUAAAUUUACAACUUGCUCUCAGUAUGAAGCUUACGUUCAACAUUUCAUACAAGAAAUUAUUUGAUGUAAAAUUAUGUUAAUAAUAAGAUAGAAAUUCGUAUGCAAUUUUUUUUUCUUCGGGUAUAAUUUCAGAUAUUUUGCUGACUAGUAACCAUUCUCCGUUAAUAAUUUUAUGUUUUCUUUGUUUUCUUAAAUUGAAAUGGAAAGCAUAUAGGGUAUGAGUGCCAUAGGUAAUUUUACGCUCACCGGUGGCAUUAGCUCGUUGUUAACCCGUUAUCAACAUUUUUAGAUGUAUUUUCUCCAUGGUAAAAAAAUUUGCGAGAAACUUUUUUCUCAGUGUAUUUUUACUGGAUUGCUGAGGCAAUUUGGCGUCGAUUUCACUAAAAAAUGCACUACGAUGCAUAGUUUUUGAGAUAUGAUUUUUUGAAGUUUGGGGUGUUUUACAAAAUUUUGAAAAAUCGUGAAAUUUUAUCAAUCUUUUCCCAGAAAAAUAGUCCACUAUGAAUUUUUUAAAUUCCAUAUAUGAUCAUAUAUCCACGACCUGUAGCACUGGUGAAAUUUUCAUGAAAAUCGGAGACCCUUCGGCCCAAAGUGUUCGGUAAUAAAAAAAAUCCCCAGCGCGCCUAAGACCAAAAAACUCAUCAGUACUUUUAGAGACCCAUGGUUUAAACUGCAUCGGUAAUGAACCCACUUAUUUCCACGAAAACGGAAAUGCUCAGCUAGAACUUUGUUCACACAGGUUUGUAGUUAAAAACAAUAAGUCCGGAUUAGAUCAAAGAGACUGUAAUGCAUUCGUAACGCGAUUGCACUCAAAUGAGUUGCACUCAUGAUCUCGCCAUACUUGUGGCAUCUCCCCGCCAAAUUGAUGAACUAUGAUGAAUUAUCUUCCAGAAAAAGGUGAUCGACCUUACCAUAAUAGUCUUCAGAAACCAGUAGUAGACAAUUAGUCAAUAUUCAAUGUAAUCCUAUAUAAGACAUAAUCCAGUUUCAAUCAAGAUAAUAACAGUCUAUAAGUUCAACAGUAUACAGAAAAAUCUAGUGUUCCGUCCUACAGUCCAACCCAGAAAUACAGAACAUUAGUGAAACCCAAAAGGCUAAGUGUUCAACAAAUUCCAGUCAUUAUACAGAAGAAAAAGUGUAUCAAUAGUUCGUCCAAUAAAUGUUGUAGUUGUUCAGAAACUUUAUACCAACGAUUAACUCUGUGUUCAGUAUCAUCGCGAUUAUGAUCGAUUAGUGUCCGACUGAUUCCGACUACCACAGACGCUCUUAUGUGCGAUAACAAACUUGUUUUAACAAAUGAUCAAUCAACAGUUCUUGGUUUUAAUCAGAUUGAGGCACCUGUUUUUUUCUCAUCACGACCUCAUAUUCGCUUCCUUGAGUUUUUCAAGUCAAAAUGAAAUCGAUUCUUAUCAAUAUCACGAUUACAACAAAAUAAAUGCAAGAGACCUUCAAAAAGCUUUCAAUUCACUUGAUUGGUUCCAGUUUUAUCAGAUUGACAACCCUGACUUGCUUGUAGACUUUUUUAAUUCGACAAUGAUCAGUUUGCACGAUGCUUUCGUAACAUUGAAAACUGCCCAUAAACGAAGUAAAUCUAAUCCGUGGUUUAACCAAAAUAUUGCAAAAGCAAUCAUAGAUCGUGAUCUUGCCUUCAAGCAGUGGAAAGCGAAUAGAAUUCUAGAUAACCAUGAGCUAUUCAAAAGGCUAAGAAAUAGAGUCAAUUACCUGGUUCGCUUAGCUAAAGAACAACAUUACAGUGAAUAUUUGAAUCCGAAGUUGCCAUCGAAUGAUCUAUGGAAGCGAUUGAAAAAUACUGGAGUUGCUGGAUCGAUAGAGCAGCCGAAUAUAGAUUUCAGUUCUAAUGCGAUUAAUCAAUCUUUUUCUGUGAAUUUUACAGAGCCAAGCUUUGCAUACACUCCAUGUCAGCUUGAACAUUGGAAUUCGUUCAGUUUUCACGCUGUCGAUGAAGCUGAAAUAAUAAAUGCACUGUUUGAUAUAAAAUUCAAUGCUGUGGGACUGGACGGUUUUUCCCUAAAGUUUUUAAAACUUUUUUUUUUGCGUUUGUCACUAGUGUGACAGGCUGAGGCCAGGGUUGGCCCAUCUCGCCAAAACUUUAUUAAACCUGUAACCCAUAUUAUCAAUUCGAUUAUUAUUACCAAUACUUUUCCUAAAUCUUGGAAAAAUGUUAAAAUCUUGCCAAUAAAGAAAAAGUCAAAGAAAAACUCACUGGAAAAUCUACGCCUAAUAAGUGUAGUGCCUGGACUAUCCAAAGUGUUUGAAAAACUUUUAAAAAAUCAGAUGUGUUUCUACAUCAACGAAAAUAACUUAUUGAGUCCGCAUCAGUCUGGAUACAGACCUAAGCAUAGCACAAAAACAGUGAUACUCAAAGUGAUUGACGAUAUCGGAAUAAUGCUUGACAAAGGUAAGUCUGCCAUAUUGAUGCUACUAGAUUUUUCUAAGGCAUUUGACACAAUCUCGCAUGGUAACUUAUGUAGAAAACUUCAACACAACUUUGGUUUUUCGUGUGAUGCCGUAAUCUUAAAGUCGUACCUAUCAAAUCGUUUUCAAGCUGUGCAUGUUAAUAAUGAGUACUCUGAACUCACUUCUUUUUCAUCUGGUGUACCGCAGGGAUCAAUACUGGGCCCAAUAUUAUUCUCGCUAUAUGUUAACGAUUUGCCAAAUGUUCUUAAAUAUUGCAAGAUAGAUUUUUUCAGAUGAUGUGCAAUUGUACUAUGAGUUUUCAAGUUCUGAUGCGGCAAAUGUAACAAAUAAUAUAAAUGCAGAUAUAAAAAAAUGUGUUUAAUUGGACCAUGAAACACAACUUAAGAAUGAACGUAAAUAAAACUCACGCUCUGUUCAUAACUGCCAACAAUACCAACAUCUCUAAGCCAGUAAUAGUAAUAAACGGCAAUGUAAUUGAAUAUGCUCAAUCGGCGACCAACUUAGGUUACACAAUUCAAUCCAGUUUAGAUCGGGACGCUUUUGCAAUGCGAUAAAGUGUAUGGAAAAUUAAGAUCUCUGCAAUUGCAAACUUAUUUUUUUUUGUCAACAGAAAUGAAGCUUAGCCUAUUCAAAACUCUCAUAUUACCUCACUUCUUCGCAUGCGACUUUUUAAUCAUGCAGAUCUCUGCCAUUGCUUUCAAUAGAAUUAAAAUUGCUUUAAACGCUUGUGUAAGAUAUGUGUUCAAUUUGUCCCGGUUUUCCCAUGUCUCACAUUUGCAAAAUAAAUUAAUUGGUUGUUCGUUUGAAAAAAAUUCUAAAUUUAGAUGCUGUCAACUUGUUUUCAUGCUUACCAAUGACAAAUGUCCAGACUAUCUAUACAAUAAACUUAGUCAAUAUCGAAGUGAAAGAUCCAAAAAAUUCGUCAUUUAUAGACACCAUACUGCUAAAUAUAGUAAAAGCUUUUUCGUACGAGGUGUUUCUUAUUGGAAUACUUUGCCAAAUGAAUUAACUCUUAUAUAAUCGCGGGCAGUUUUUAAUAGGAAAUGAAUCGAAAGCUUUAAUUAAAAUAUGUAUUGUAUAAAUGAUAGUUUAAUAAAAUGAAUUCAAAACAGUGGCACUUUUUCUAUCUAAAUGAAACAAUUGUAACGAUUUAAAAGACGUCUGUCUUAUGUUACUGAAAAAAUGAGUAUAAAUGAAAUGAAAAUGAAAUGAAAUGAUAGUUUUAAAUUUAACUACCAAAAAAUAAACAUGAUUAAAUGAAACUAAGAUUUAUUAUAAUAAUACUUUAAGCACUUAUGAACUUCAAAUGGGCGUAACUGAAGAAUUUGAUCAACAUUAUUUUUGAAAUUCAGUUUAGGGAUGUACAAUAACUAUAUAAAUGAAUUGUCCUUUAUGUUUUUCAUUGUAUACCCAGUCAACGAGUCAUCGUAUAAGAUGUUGUAUAAGAUGUUAAAGUGGAGGCGAUAUGCGUACAUUUUACAUGCGCCUAAAUGGAGGCAUGUACGCAUAUGGCCUCCACUUUAUCAUCUUAUACAACAGCUUAAAUACGAUGACUGGUUGUCUAGGUAUUGUUCUGGCUAUAAUAGUAAAUGAAGCCAACGACGUCCGUAUUCUACAGGUUCAAGAAUACCUCCCUUAUAUUGGCGUACCGUAAUUCGGGGUAAAAUUGAUCACUUUAAAACAUCUUUUGCGGGUAACAUCAGUGGCAUUUCAAACAUUGCCAAAAGAAUUUCUGUAAAACCAGUACCCAGUGGAUCUCCAUGGAACCAUGUGACAGAAUUUUGCACAGCAAAUUUAAACUUUUAAUUAAAUAACUCCAAAAAUCAAAAAAUUGGAAAUGCCACUUUGGGGCGAAAUAAUCAGUAUACUAUGAAGCAUCGGUUGGAAAGGAAAAUAUCCUUCUCAGCUUAAUUUUGCUCUUCUAAAACCGAAUAACGCGUUCAAAAUCUUACAACUAGUGAAUUUAUUACUUUAAAUGCAAAAUUAAAUUUUGAAAUUUCCCACUUAAACUCCUAAAGUUAGGCAAUUUCAUUUGAAAUAAGUGAUUUAUAUCACAAUAAAUGACUGUUUCAUCGUAAAAUGAACUUUUUUCUAACUUUUUAAUGUUCUGAUUAGCUAUAUAACUUCCCAACCAAGGCUCCACAAAAAUGUUAAAACAGAAAAUAUACGAGAGGUAUACACUCAUCUUUAGACAUCUACGAACCAGAUGACGUAAUAAGUUUAAGAUCAUUACGACGCUUAAGAGUUCCUAGUAUGGAAUUACAAUGUAAUACCCGAAUGAUCAAUUUAUUUAUUUAUUUAUUUAUUCAUUCAAUUGAAAUUUUAACUGAUCAGUUUCUCUGCCGUGAAUCGCAUAUCGGUCCCUUUGCAUAGGAAAUCCAGCAGAGAUGGGACUGAUAUGCAAUUCACGGCAGUUCUGGUCUUAUUAAAAUGUAAUCUUAACCCGGGAGCGAUCGCGUCGUGUACUGAGUACACGCACUAUGAAAAAUGCACGCUUAUGGUACACCACGUGAGCGUGGCGUCGUUGCAGGUAAAGACGCGACUGCUCGAGGGUUAAUACUAUACAACUACGUUAACACAGACAUUGAUAGGUUAGGCUAUGACAAUUACUCUUUCGAAUAAUACUAAGAAGCUUGAGUAACACAAUUGACCAUUUAUAUAUAUAAGCUAACACAACAAAAAUACCGUUGUCAACAACAAUAACGAAACAGCUUACAACAAUAAAACACAGAAUUACCGAUUUCUUCACGAUCAAAUCGUUCCAAACAACGUGGCGACUUUCAAAUUCUUUUAAUUUAAGAUGUUUAGGCCAUAUCUCCAUUUGUAGUUCUACAAUCAACGUCGGUUAAAAAGAGAAAGAACGUAUCGCCAGUAUUGGUUUGCGUUAAAGAUGUAGUAUUACGCAUUCCGGUCCGAAUUCACUCGUAUCUCUAGUUCCAUUGAGUAGCUGGCUAUUGUAUACAGCAGGUGAAACAGGCGUAGAAUGCUGCUGCCUAUACGUUUCCUGUUCUGUGCGUUGAGAUAUCAUCGUAGUGAGUACAUCAACAAUAUCGCUCACUUUCGUCUUCAGCUCCUCGAUUUCGGCUUCACAUAAUGAUUUAUGAGUGCAGCAGUUAAUCGUUUCAAUGACAUCCUCGGCGGUGGCAUCGGUGGUGGCAUCACGAGAACUACAAUAGUCUGCCAAACACGCAUCACACAUCCAAAGAUUUUUUUGGCGAACAAAGCAUUAACGGUGUCCUCAGCUUAGCCUACGCAGUCAGCGUGAUAUCGUUUCGCACAUUUUCCCUCGCAGACAGUGUAUCGUUCGAUCUUACGGUCGAUGGCGAACGCGUAUUUGUUACACGUAUUUGUUAUGGUAAAUCCAAGUAGAUUCUCGCAGUCACAAAAAUAUGGAAUGGCGAUUGCAGAUUCUGAAUUUUCUUGGAUUCUUAUUUUGCUGUCGUUUUAGUUCAAUUUAAAAAAAAAGACAAUUACACCGUCUUCGACCUUGCUGCCUCUACAGACUGAACACUACAAACAUUCGACAACGGACUACACAUAUUACACCCAGUGGCCCAGUGAAGAAUUUUCCGUUUGACGAAAAGUUUUCCCCGACUGGAGCGGGAAUCGAACCCACACUCCGAGGCUUACGAGACACUUAAACGACUGACGCCGCUAACCGCUCGGCCACGGAAGCCCAUAAUGAAGCACUUAAUCUUUUUAACGAUAUAACACAAAGAUAAUGAUGUUCAGUUUAUAUCACUUAACGGUGUGGGAACAAUCUUUAGAAGUGAAUAAACACUAUUUUCAGCACAAAUAGACUCAGCGAAUCAAACAAGGGGCUGUCUAUUAAUUACGCAAGCAGUCGGUAACGAGGCGGUAACUCAGAUCAACCCGAUGAUCAAUUUGACCCCGGUUUACGGUAAUGGUCAAUAUUUGUGCAUAAGAUCAAAUUGUAGCAUUAUUUAUGAUACUUUUUAUUAUUUGGGACUCCGGAGACGGCGGGUUCGAUUCCCGUUCCGGUCGGGAAAAUUUUCUCAGCUCCCUGGGCAUAGUAUAUCAUUGUACUUGCCUCACAAUAUACAAAUUCAUGCAAUGGCAGGCAAAGAAAGCCCUUCAAUUAAUAACAGUGGAAGUGCUCUAACAGUGGAAGUACACUAAGUUGAAGUGAAACAGGCCAAGUUCUAGAGGGGACGUCGAGCCAUAAAGAAGGAGAAGAAGAAGAAGAAAAAGAAGAAGAAGACUCCAAAGCAUGCUUCUGUUAUGAAAUGUGAUGGUUUUCUAUAGAAACUCUGAUUUUUCAGUGGUUAGGCCCUUUAAAAGGGUGUAACUCAAAAUUUGUUCAGAGGUGUAGAAAUAAUAAAGAAAGAGAAUGGCGUUUCAGGUUUCGAUGGUUUUUUUUUGAUAAUAACGGUAAAUGAAGCACCGUGAUAUUGCCUCGAGUUUUUUUUUGACGAACGAUGUGUUCUUUUUGGAAGAGGCAUUGGAACAUAAUUGUUCAAAUUUUAUAGAACGUUUUAGAGAACAACACUUUUGUUGUACACCAUUUGAAAUCACAAAAAGAUUAUUUUUUGUCCAAUUAGUUCUUUGAGGUGUUUCUCAUUUUUGUUCUAUAUUUUAUUGUGUUUGUUAUGAGCACCUACAACCCGAUGUUGAUAGCACACGACGCAUAAACGAGUGUCGUGAAUUUAAUAUUUCACUAUUACUUAUGCUGUAGUGAGCGGAUGCUCUGAAUGAAUAAUGAGAUAUCGGGAGACAACUGAUACAGCGAGUAUGAAGCAAGUCGAGAAUCUUCGGAUGAGUAAUAGGUGAAUCAGCUGCAUAUAUUUACUACAAAUAGUCUGCGACGAUGAUUGUGUCGACCUGAUUUUGUUACAAAGACACAGAGACCCCAGUGAGCUAUAACUGAUAAGCUGAACUGUGAGCAACAAUAUCAAAGCCAGUACCCGCAAUUAUCGGGACACAGAAAUACGACUGUAACUGUGCAAUAGAUUCAUUACAAUUGCUCAAAUUUGGCCUGAUAAUAUCUUAGGAUGUGUUCAUUUCAACUGCAAAAUUUCAUGUGAAUCAGUGCAGUACUUUUUGUGGUAGCAAUGAAACAGUAGAUCGCGUGCAAUUGAUUUUUGUACAGCCCCUAGUUUAGCUUCUCAGCGCUGUAACUUUUGAAUUUGGCAAAGGAAAUGGCUGAAAUUUUGAACACAAACCACUCAAUCUACAUGUUUUGCAUAGGAAAAAUUUCGAACAAAUCGAUACACUAUUAAUAUUUUUAUAGUCGAAACAUGUAUUGGGACUGACCGUGAUUUUGGCCCCUCAGACAGACAUUAUUUAGCACCCAUUAUUGUUUCGAUUGUACUGCGCAAAGUACUUUACCAAUAAGCAUCAAAUUUUUCAGGCCUAAUAUACACAUAAGCAACUACCUUCUGUAAAAAAUUCAUGAAAAUUGGCAGAGGCAUUCGAAAGUUAUGAAUAAGCAAAUUUCGCACAUGAAAAACACGAAACAUUUCCACUAACACUCACCCCUAUCAACACCUGUAACUUUCAAACCAAUUGAUCGAAGUCGAUGAAAUUUUGCUAGAAAGUGUCUCUAUAAGUAUCGUAACUACUUACGAAGUUUCAUUAUAAUCCUCACAGAACUUUGAAUUGUAGCGGAAAAAAGCGAAUGAAAAUUGGUCAUGAUUGUACAAAAUGCUUGAAAAACGUUUGUUUGUUUUUCAUCCACAGUUAAAAGUAAUGCAUCGAUUUUCAUGAAAUUUGGCACAAAUAAUAAACAUACACUAAAGAGUUCUCAGUCAUGUCCAUCUAGCUGGCAGGGCACUUUACAUAAAAUUGAAAAUAAAUACCGUUAAGUGAGUGUAUCAAGUGCGUACCACAGCGCACCUAACGGAAUUUUGAACGUACCUGACGAAUUCUUAGAAAACAGGUGUCCUGCUGGAUAGAUGGUGGUUUUUACGAAAAUCUUCGUGAAUCCAUCCGAAAUUAUGGUUUUCUGCAUGUACCAACAACGUACCUUCCGAAUCUAACCUCCUUUUUUAUCGUACCUCAAAAAUUCCCAUACCUUCUUACAUAAAACUUUCCAAAUUACAUUAUAUGUUUAAUAAAACAGCGUCAUUGCAUUCCUUGUCAAAUUCUAGGCUUGUUUGACCUAAAAAAGUUUAUACUUAAGUUGAAAUUUGAUUAAUUUAUGGCAAAAAUCGUAUUUUUAAUAGGUAUAAGCAAUAUACUUGAUAAACUUUUUAAAGUAUGCUAACCAUGUAUCGUUGCAAAUAAAAGCCUAAAUGUAUGCAACAGAAGAACACAAGAAUAGCACAAAAAUAUAACUUACUGAAUAUUUCAUAACAAAUUGAUUAAUCAUAAUUCAAUAACACAAUAUAUCAAAAAUCAAAUAGUUUCGUAGAAAAGCAUGUGUAUAUCGUGUGGCAGGCACGAAGAUACUCUAUGCCCAAGGAAGUCAAGGAAAUUUCCUUUACGAAAAGAUCCUGGACCGACCGGGAAUCGAACCCGUCACCCUCAGCAUGGUCAUGCUGAAUACCCGUGCGUUUACCGCCUCGGUUAUAUGGGCCCUUGAUAUUAUUGUAUAAAAUAUAUUUUAGAAGUAUUCACAUUCAACGUACCUCGAUAAUAUGUGACUUAGUUGAACAAAUUGGAGUCAUAUCCCUUUCGUGACGGAGCGCAAAAAAUUGAAAUCAUCAUACAAACGGCUCAACUUUGGCUCUCCAGAACUCUAAGAUUUCCCAACAAAACAAUAUUUUUUUCUUCUCAUUUGAAAGAACUACUCUUUAUGGUUCGAUUUCUUGAUUUGACUACCUGGACAAAUCGGUAAUAAAAAAUAUGCGACAGACAAAACUUUUUCAUGUUUUACGGUUUUUGUCCACUUUUUGUUUAAUUUGUUGUGAUAAAUUUCACAGGCUCACAAAAUCUCACAAAAGUUAGUUUACACACAAACGAGUAUAAGUAAUGGCUGAAUUAUUGAAACAAUUUACAUGACAUAAAACAAAGUCUAAACAGAUGAAAAAAAUAUGUAAAACUGCUACCUCUCAACAGCACAAUUGUGCUGGUUCGUCACGAAAGGGAUAUAAGAGAAUAAGUGAAAAUCAUGUUUUAUAAGUGAAAUCUCUUAGGUACGUUGCAUAAAUCUCACUUAAUUGUUAAUCACUCAACUUGGUAUUAUUGUUGGAUGUAUAAAACAUGUUUUACAGGUAUUCACAUUCAACGUACCUCGAUUCUAUUUGACUUAGUUGAACUAAUUGGAGUCAAAUAUGAGAAUAAGUGAAAAUUAUGUUUUCUAUGUGAAAUCUCUUGGGUACGUUGCAUAAAUCUCACUUAAUUGUUAAUAACUCAACUUGGUAUUAUUGAUGGAUGUAUAAAACAUGUUUUACAAGUGUUCACAUUCAACGUACCUCGAUAAUAUUUGACUUAGUUAACUUAUUGGAGUCAUAUAAGAGAAUAAUGAAAAUUAGACUUGUUUUUAGAAAUCUCUUAGGUACGUUGCAUAAAUCUCACUUAAUUGUUAAUAACUCGACUUGGUAUUAUUGUUGGAUGUAUAAAACAUGUUUUACAAGUAUUCACAUUCAACGUACCUCGAUAAUAUUUGACUUAGUUGAACUAAUUGGAGUCAUAUAUGAGCAUGAGCAUGAGCAUGAGCAUAGAUGACCGCACAAUUCGUUGUUGCUACUCCGUGAUUGACCAGAGCAAUCGAAAUUGCACAGGGAACCAAUGAAUAGGGCUUGGGACUAGCUUACUAUUCUUGAACUAAUUGGAGUCAUAUAAGAGAAUAAGUGAAAAUUAUGUUUUGUAAGUGAAAUCUCUUAGGUACGUUGCAUAAAUCUCACUUAAUUGUUGAUAACUCAACUUGAUAUUAUUGUUGGAUGUAUAAAACAUGUUUUACAAGUGUUCACAUUCAACGUACCUCGAUAAUAUUUGACUUAGUUGAACUAAUUGGAGUCAAAUAUGAAAAUAAGUGAAAAUUAUGUUUUAUUAGUGAAAUCUCUUAGGUACGUUGCUUAAUCUCACUUAAUUGUUGAUAACUCGACUUGGUAUUAUUUUUGGAUGUAUUAAACAUGUUUUACAGGUAUUCACAUUCAACGUACCUCGAUAAUAUUUGACUUAGUUAAACUUAUUGGAGUCAUAUAAGAGAAUAAUGAAAAUUAGACUUGUUUUUAGAAAUCUCUUAGGUACGUUGCAUAAAUCUCACUUAAUUGUUAAUAACUCGACUUGGUAUUAUUGUUGAAUGUAUAAAACAUGUUUAACAAGCAUUCACAUUCAACGUACCUCGAUAAUAUUUGACUUAGUUGUAAUUGUAAUUGUAAUUUUUAUUAACGUCACGCAAACUUAUCGGUUAAUCCAUUAUUUAAGUCAAGGAAACGAAACUAUGUAGAUAAAACACAGUACAUGGGACAGCUAAUUAUUAAAUUACAUCGAAAAAAGAAGCAAUCUGAUAUUCUCAAUGUUCAGUGUGCAAAGCGGUUCUGAAGGAUGACAUCGUUGGGGAACUUCUCGUUGCUAAUGGCAAGCGAUUCCAGCAUUGCGCGCCGAAAACCAGAACGCUUUUGCCGGAAACAGUCGUGUGGGCGGGUACGAUAUACGAAUGCGUCCUAUCCAUCUGUCCUCUUCGCAGAUGUUGCAUCAGGUAACUGGGGAGUUCACUAAGCUGACCUUUCCUCAAAAGGCAGCAGAUGCGAUAGUGAUAGUUAGUUUGAAGAUCACGUCCAAAAAUAGAGUUUCGAUGCGCCGCAGUCGUGUCACAUCUUUUCAGAUUGAAAACGAAUCUGAUUGUUGAUUUGAACGCUCGGUUGAGUUGUUCUUUCUGUGCACCAGAAAGUCCAGAGUAGUACACUGUGUCGCAGUACAGGAAGCAGGGUCCAAUUACUGCUACAGCAAGCUUCCUUCGGGUUUCAGUAGACAGAACAGUCGAAAAACGUCUAAACGUCCGAAGUGUGUUGUAGACAUUCCUUGUCACUUCAUUGACUUAUUCGGUCCAACGAAGAUUGUUGUCUAGUCUCAGGCUAAGAUUUUUGACGCUCUUGGAUAGCUGGAUGCGUUCGGAGCAAAACAUGAUGCUUCUGUUAGGGGUGACGGCGCCGUUCCGUAAAAAUAUUAUAGCCUGUGUUUUUCUUGGAUUAGGAAACAGGCCGUUGGAAGUCGACCAGCGUUCAAUAGAUGCGAGAUCCCUAUUGAUUUUCUCCACAAGCGCGUCUACAUCGUUUAUCGAUCCAGAGACAUACAGCUGCAGAUCAUCAGCAACGACAGCUUUUUUCCAAAUGGACGGGAAACAUUUAGCUUCGAUGAUUGCGUUGAAAACGUGGACCACUACGGGAAUUAUGAUAGGGCUAAGCAGUUUGAUCAACGUAAUUGGAAUUCCAUCGCUGCCGGCUGCAGACGUCUGGAUUUCAAAUAUAGUGCUAGCGACCUCGCGACCAUUCGUGAGUCGAAAAGCGAAAGCUUCUGGCCUAGGGUUUCCACCUGGAUCUGGAUCGUGGUCGUUUAUGGUUGAAGUCGGUGUUGUGGCUAUGGAAUGAUUUGGCAGGGAUAAGUGACCCUCGGAGAAGAAGCUCGGUUUGGAUUCCUAUUGUAGAGAGCAAAGGAAAGGUCUCUAACAGCGAUAUGCCGCUCGAUUUCAGUGGUAAUCCAUGGUGUUCGUCGGUCGCGUAUAGUAAUGACGCUUUCGGGGGCGUGACGUUGCAUCACGGACUGUAGUGUGAACGUGAGAAGCUCUGCCUUAGUGUUCACGUCAGCUGCGUCAUAAAUUUGGUGUAGAUUGCUGGUUUGAAAAUCGAUCUGAAGUGCCUGGGGAUCAAUUCUCCGGAAAUUUCGUAUCUUUAUGCGCUGCGGCGGAGGUUUUUGUACACGUACAUUAACGACAAGAAAUAUAACUUCAUGGUCAGAGAUGGUAUUUCCUGUCGACGUUUUGGAGGUCAGGAUCGUAGCAGGUUUAUCAGUCACCAUAAGGUCGAUUGUAGUAGAACUGUUGUUAGUAAUGCGCGUAGAAGACGUCGGCAGAACAGUGAGACCAAAAGUAGUGUGGAUUUGAUGAAGUGACACAACGUUAGCAAAUGGUGUCGGCGAGGCUACAUUUAUGUUGUAGUCACCUACGAGAAAGAUUUGAUCAAGGUCAAACUCCAUCAGAUCGAUUAAAAGCUUUUCAUAUUGCUGAGCAAAAAGUUGAUUGGCCCCGGAAGGAUUGUAUAUUAGCCCACUCCCAGUUUGAGGUCGUUGAUAUCGGCACGAACCACCAGGGCCCUGUAGCAUAAUCGGGAUAAUAAUAUUAGCUACAAGUUACAAGCUACAAGUACUAAUAUUACAAGUGCUAAUAAUUUGUGUUGCAUAAAAGCUCCAUUUUCCACUAAUAUUAUUAGCACUUGUAAUAUUAGUGUCCAUGAAAAUACAAGUUGUUUUGGUUCAUUUACCUGUCAAAAUUCAUCCGGCAGUUCACUAUUAAUUUGAAAUGGCAGUUGUUGUUUGUUUAUAUUCUGCAUUUUUCGCGUAACAUCCGGAAAUAAUUUCAUUUGUUCCGAAGUUUUGCAUUCUUUAUACGAUACUUGAAGAAAAGAAUGUGCUGUUUGGAUCAUUUUCGACCGCUCUGACAAAAUAUUUUUUUUUACAAAGUAUGGCACUGCAAAUAUCUAGAUUUUAAGUAAAAUAUCCCAAAGAUUUAAUAGUACUGGUUGAAAAACAAUGUAUACAGAUUUAGCAACAUGUAUUAUGCUUCUUGUUAAAAUCCGAAGUGAUCGGGGAUGCAAAAAAUGAGCUUUUGCCUACUUUUAUAAGUUGCAACUCGAUUCGAGAUAGUGUAUGUAUAUUGCUCGGUAUAUUGUAGCUCUUGAUUAGCUUAAUGAUGCGCAAUACAAGCAAUUGAUUCAAAUUUAUUUCGUAUCUGCAACUUUACCUGUGCUUAUGUAGUGAUCAUAAUAUAUCACUUUACCAAGAACCUCCAAUCAAAGAUGGGUAUUGUAGAAACUUUGGAGAACUUGAGAGACUCAGCAGAAAUUAUAUUUUGGAUACGAAGUGUACAUCAACGCAAUUUUCUCUUCAAUGAGCUUCGAAUACAUAUUGCCAAAUUUAAUCGUCGAAAACUGGAAUUAAGGUUGACAUCUAUAUAUAUAAAAAUGAGUUUGUAGCUUCUUUGAGGCAACAAAACUCACGAACGGCCGAACCGAUCAGCAUGACCCUUGCACGUUUCGAUUCGUAUUCAUGGUGGCUGUGUUUAUAUGUAUAAAAAGUUACGGAAAUCUUUUAAAAAGGUAUGAAAAUUGUGAAAAUACUGAUUUUUUAUGAGCCGGGAACAAAUUCAGCAUGAUCAAAAUUAAAUCAAUCUAGAGUGUGGUGACGUUAUGAGCUAAACAGUUGUCAAAACAUCACAGCUAGGCAAGACAAAGUUUGCCGGGACAGCUAGUUUUAGAUAAAUAAUACUUUUGAGUUCAUCAAAAUGGUAAAUCGAUAUAUCCAAAACUAAAUAUGACUUCUGCAAUACUUUAAAUCUAACUUGUAAAUUAUUUUACAAGACCUUUGAGACUUGUAAUCAAAAGUACAAGUCAUAGCUAAUAUUUUAUACUUGUAGUUUGUUUAUGCAACAUACACUUGUAAAUUCUACUAAUAAUAUUAGUCCAACCGACUUGUAGUAUUGGACUUGUAACUUGUACUUGUAGUAUUUUUAUGCAACAGAAAAUUAAAAGUUACAAGCUACAAGACUAAUAUUAUUAGUAAAAUUUUCAUUAUGCUACAGGCCCCAGAAUUUAUUCAGUUUAACAUUUUUUCCGUGCUUUGUUUUGUUGAUGUUUGUGACUUUUUUAAUGCAAAGGAAAGCUUUCAUAGGAAAGAGAAAAAAGUGAAUAAGUUGAAACAUCAAUUGAAAAUCAAUAACAUGUUUAAAUCAGUGGUAAACCAAAUGUCCUAUCCUAAGAACUGCAGGUCCAAGCAGGGGUCCAAGAGAUAUGGCGGGCUAGGUGUGUAGAGUGCGAUGAGAGAAAUAAGAAUGUAGGCCAACCCGGAAUGAUGCAGGUCAGAUUACCGUAAAUCAGUGGAUGAGUUCAUCAUCAACACUAUUAUUUCUGUAUUUGCAUUUAGGGGAAUUUCCUCCUCUUCUCUCAUGUGAACUUGCCUUCGACCACAAUCGAAUCAAAUGCGAUUGACAAACUUUAUCUUUGACGUAGAGCCAUCUUUAACACAUGAACUGGACUGAACACUGAAAUGACUUUUAAUAUAGGUUCGUCUGCGGGUUCGCUUUUUAACCUAACUUAUACUUGAAUCGAACUUGACAGUUUUCUCAUGAGUUGUUAUGUAUUUCCGUGUAUUUCGAACUUUAGUCAAACUGGAGCCUCAAUAUUGCAAUAACGGUUAAGCACGCUGUAAUGAUACUUAUGUACCUCGUCACCCACUUCAUGCAACUACAUUAGUGGUCUAAUAAUACUUAGCGCGCUCGGCAUAGUUCCAUCAUGCCGCUCAAAGUGUUGCCACAAAUAAUGCUUAGUUUGCGAAACCCAGUUAUCUGGCUGGUGGGGCAUGGGAGCCUAAGCUUCAACUGUUAAUGCAAUCAGAGACUACUCUGACCUCGACUCAGACUUGGACGUGGGCGAUCCAAUAUAUGAAGGGUUAUCCAAAACGCUCUGGAGAAUUUCCAAAGCGUAUCUCAUAAUGCUAGUAAGCCUGAGAUGCCAUUAAUAGAAGGAAAAUGACAAGAUAAUAUAACAUUAUUUGGUUUAUGUAAUGUAAACCAACACAACAUAACAAAAGAGAACCAUUCCAAAACCAUUUAAUUAAAUGUAUAACCGGUACUGAAACUACAGUUAAAAACAAUAUAUUUACGGUACAUUUUAUUGUUUGAAACCAUAUGUGUACCAUACAAUGUACGGUUUAUUAAAACCCACGUAUCAGUAUUUAUAACAAUUCAUUUACAAUAUAAUGUAUGGUUUUGCAAAAAAAUAUAUAUGGAGAAAAAUAUUUUUUUAUAUUGUUACGAUACUUAACCACCCGUAUAGUAUAUUGUAAAAAUCUUAUUUACAAUUUACUGUAUGGUACUGUACAUUACAUUUUAUUGUUUUUGUAUUUUUAUUUUUACAGUAGUGUCUAUUGUAAAAAUAUGGUUUUAAAUAGUACUGUUACAAUACAACGUUCGGUUUUUCUACUGUAUUUUUUAUUCGGGUGAAGCUUGAUGAACAUGAAGAAGUAUCCUGUGACUCGGACGACUCUGGGUCAGAUAGCGACGAUACGACGGAAGGAAACAUCCAUUACCUGUUUGCAACCGAGCCAGACGGCGGUGAGAAAGUUUUGUGUGCUGUUGGAGGUAUUAAGAUCGAGUGGCUGGUUGACUCCGGAGCGGGAGUGAAUGUCAUCGACCGUGGAACGUGGGAACAUUUGAAGAAAAAUCGCGUAAAGGUCAACGGACAAACAACGAAGACGGACAAGGUUCUCAAGGCUUACGGAAAUCAUCGAAUCAAGGUGGCAGGGAUGUUUUCUGCUGUCGUAGAGACAAGUAAAUCCUCGGUUGAAGCGGAAAUCUACGUGGUCGAAAAUCAAGGACCAUGUCUGCUUGGUCGAAAAACUGCGAAGGAUUUGGGGAUUCUGACGAUUGAUACGGCGGUCUGGGCUGUUAGCGGCGAGAGUAACGGAAUCGGCAAAAUCGUAGGCGUGGAAGCAAGGGUCCAAAUCGAUCGGUCUGUUAAACCAGUACAGCAGACUCAGUGCAAUAUUCCCAUUCCCUUACGGGAGAAGACUGAGGAGGAAAUUCAACGACUACUUCAGCAAGAUGUGAUAGAACCGGCGCCACGCGAUUCUCCAUGGAUCUCGAGACUCGUAGUCAGACCAAAGGCUGGGAAUCCAUCCGAAGUGAGACUCUGCGUCGACAUGCGUGAUGCCAACCGUGCGAUUAUUCCACAACAUCAUCCUCUCCCCACGUUCGACAGUAUCAUGCCACGUCUCAACAGAUGCAAGUGGUUCUCCAAGAUCGAUCUGAACAAAGCUUUUCACCAGAUCGUUCUAGCAGAAGAUUCCCGCGAGAUCACAAUGUUUGGAACGCCUAAGGGAUACUACCGUUAUAAGAGGCUAAUGUUUGGCCUGAAUUGCGCUUCUGAAAUCUUUCAGAGCGUAAUGGAGCGCAUACUUUCAGGACUGCCGGGCGUAGUAUCUUUUAUUGACGACAUCCUCAUCUAUGCUGAAACGAAAGCAGAACACGAUGCCAUUCUUCGAUCCGUGCUGGAAAGGCUUCAGUCAUUUGGCAUUACGAUCAACAGAAGAAAGUGUGAGUUUGGAAAGAGAAGUGUAACGUUCAUGGGGCAUCGGCUUUCCGAACGAGGCAUCAGUCCAGCGAUCGAUAAGGUGGAAGCUAUCAAUAGAUGUCGUGAGCCACAUUCUGUCGAGGAACUACGAAGCUUCCUCGGGUUGGUCAAUUAUUUGGGAAAAUUCAUCCCAAAUUUGGCAACCCUAACUACUCCUCUCCGUAGUUUGCUGAGAAAGGGCGUUCGCUUCCAGUGGACCAUCGGUCACCAGAAAGCGUUUACGAAGAUCAAGGAAGUACUAUCCAGUUCGAAGAAUUUGGGUUUCUAUUCUCCAUCGGACAAAACCAUUCUCAUCGCUGAUGCGAGCCGUACCGGCUUGGGUGCUGUGUUACUCCAGGAACGAGACAACAAGAAACGAGUAAUCUGCUAUAUCAGCAAAGGACUAUCAGAAGCGGAAAAAGCGUACGCGCAAAACGAGAAGGAAGCCCUUGCCCUUGUUUGGGCCACCAAGAGGUUGGAAAUCUACUUGCGUGGAAUGGAAUUCUAUCUAUUGACCGAUCAUCAACCGCUCAAAACGAUAUUCGGUUCCAAUCAUCGAUCGUGCCCAAGAAUCGAGCGCUGGGCGCUACGUUUACAGUCCUUCCGAUUCAAGAUAGUUCACGUUCCGGGAAAAACCAAUAUCGCGGACCCUCUAUCUCGUCUACCGCAAUUCAGGGAAUGCACUACAUACGAUCAGUCUGGAGAAUCGAUGUUGAUGUCUAUUGUAGAACUUGCGAAGCCAGCAGCAGUAACUAUCACGGAUGUUGUGAAAGCGACUUUGGACGACGAAGAACUCGUGGACGUGAAGCAAGCAUUGAGAACCGGUGUGUGGCCGGAGCGUAUAAAGCGAUAUUUGUCUUUCAAGGAUGAACUGACCGUGGUGAAUGGUAUCCUACUGCGCGGUGAAAAGUUAGUGAUUCCGUCAAGUCUCCGCAAAAAUGUCCUCGCUCUUUCGCAUUUGGGUCAUCCCGGAAUGGAAAGGACAAAACAGCGUCUCCGAUCCAAAGUUUGGUGGCCGAACAUGAACAACGAUAUAGAAAAUCUGAUCCGCUCCUGCUUGGAUUGUCAGACAGUUGGUCAACCAGGACCGCAAGAGCCAAUGCAAAUUCGGGAUCUACCUCAAGCGCCCUGGAGUCACCUUAGUAUGGAUAUACUGGGUCCACUACCAUCAGGUGAGUCGCUACUGGUUUUGAUCGAUCUGUACAGUCGCUUCAGAGUCAUUGAAAUACUGCGGCAAACAACUACUGCAAGUAUUUUGAGCAAAAUUAGGCCGGUUUUUAUGCGACUUGGCAUUCCUCAAACCCUGACAACAGAUAACGCGAGUAACUUCUCGAGCCGUGAGAUGGUAGAUUUCUGUAAGCGGUACGAUAUUCAAUUGGCUUUUUAAGCGAUGUUGAGAUAAUUCCAUAUUCUGA